UCCCAGUCUGCGGCCCGUUUGCCACGCGAAUCACCUCGGUAAAUCGGACAGAAACCACUCAGAAACAGAAAUUUUAUGCAAUUCGGAUUUCGCGCCCGCGAAUCUAGUGACUAACAGGACAAAGUUCGAGAGUUUCCAUCGCGUAUUAAAGAGGCAAACAACUUAAAAAAAAAAGCACAGCGCGAACGACUUGAUUUUGAUAUUCUGAAAUCAAAUUGGAGGAUCUUUGGCGGGUUCGUUGAAAAAAAAAAAAAUUGUCGACGUGUGAUAACCAAUCGAUUACCCAAUUUUCCAACUAAUUGAAACACUUUCACGAGAAAUUGUAAAUUUCCUAAUUUUUUUUUAACAUCACAAAAUAUACACUAAACUUCAGUAAUAAUUUGUGCUCAAUUUUAAUAAUUAAUUAAUUUAUAUUUUGGGACAUUGAGUGCAUUCAAUUAGUGGGAAAUGGUAAUCCAUUAACAUUGUCCACCGCAAACGAGCUUCUAAAGUGUUUGCUUUCGCUACAAUCUCAUCAUUGCAGUUUAAAUAGUUUGUUCAAAGUGUGGUGACGAUGACGUGAUUUUCGGGGAUGAUGGUGCGCGGAAAUAAAUCUGGGCAACGGCGGCGGCGGCUCGGGUGACAUGGGGAUGGGAUCGGUGAAUGUUGUCCCAUGCAUGGGACUUCAAUGUCGAUGCUUUCACUAGUUAUGUUUCGCGAUAUGAACAGGUCGGAGCAAGAGAAUCUUUAUAGGACAUCCAGGAAACUUAGUCUGGUGCCCAUCACGAACCCCGGAGGUAGCGAACGCAGGCACUCAUCUGUUCAGUAUCCGGAGAAGGGUUGCUGCCCAGCCGAGGACUUAGUCCUCAGUGUCCUGAAGAGUCCCAUAAACCAUGUUGAACAGAGGGAUCCCUACAUGGAGGAAGUUUGUAUCGGUGGUACCGGCGACUCGGACGGAAGGUACAAGGGCAGCGAAGAUGAAUUAACGGACUGCGAACCGACGGAGAAGCUACCCUUCUUGGCGCGUCUACGAGGUCACAGGUCGCCCAGGGUAUUCGAGGCUCACCACAAAAGGGUCCCAACUCCCUUAAAGCGGAAGCAACGAUUCGGUCGAAACCACAAGAACCAGGAUGUUAUCGCGGCGGAGGAUGUCGUCGACGAGGAGGACCCAGAGGACGUUGUCCCGGACACCCCUCGCGGCGUCCCCGAUCCGUACUACCCCAUUUACUUACCUAUCGAUCAAGCGUUCAAAGCGAAAUAUGUGUUCCACCACAAGAAAGGUAAAACGGUUCAAGAAAGGACUUACGUGUUCCUCGAGCAUCCCGGAGGUUGGAUCUGCUUCGUCUACCAUUUCACCGUAUUUAUGUUAGUCCUGGUGUGCCUCAUAUUUAGUGUUCUUUCGACAAUCGAUACGUAUCAAGACUUCGCCAACGAAACACUGUUUUGGAUGGAAAUAUGCCUCGUCGUUUUUUUCGGAGUCGAGUACUUGGUGAGGUUGUGGUCUGCUGGAUGCAGAUCGAAGUACAUGGGAUUUGCAGGUCGUCUUCGAUUCAUCCGGAAACCUAUAUGCAUCAUCGAUUUAAUCGUCGUCGUGGCGUCGAUAGUCGUGCUAACCUACGGCUCCAAUGGCCAAGUUUUCGCCACAUCCGCCAUCAGGGGAAUUAGGUUCCUUCAAAUACUUCGCAUGCUGCACGUAGAUAGACAGGGUGGCACGUGGAGAUUGUUGGGAUCAGUAGUCUUCAUACACAGACAGGAACUAAUAACGACGCUGUACAUCGGUUUCCUCGGGCUGAUCUUCAGCAGCUACUUCGUAUACUUGGCGGAAAAGGAUGCGGUGGUUGCGGAUGGCAAGAACAACUUUUCCAGUUAUGCGGAUGCCCUCUGGUGGGGUGUGAUCACGGUCACCACCAUCGGGUACGGGGAUACCGUACCGAGGACGUGGAUGGGGAAAAUAGUGGCCUCCUGCUUCAGUGUAUUCGCCAUUUCAUUCUUCGCUCUUCCAGCUGGUAUUUUAGGAUCGGGCUUUGCAUUGAAAGUGCAACAGAAACAGCGACAGAAGCACUUCAAUCGUCAAAUACCCGCAGCGGCGAUGUUGAUCCAGUGUCUGUGGCGAUGUUACGCUGCCGACAAGAGCUUCAAUUCCUCGGCAACAUGGCAGAUCUAUCUGAAGGACACCAACUCGAAUUGCAAUCAAUCUUCGGGCACAUCUAAUAUAAAUCUACCUUUAUCCAAAUCCCUGAUAUUGCAGGUGGCGAAAAAGGCGUCGGUGUUGAAACGACGGAAGUCGAGGAACAGGAUGGAGGCGCCGGGUACACCGCAGGGAGACCAACCUCCGCUUCCUCCGCCACCUCGGGCUGUCGAACAGAACUUGGACACGAAUGACGUUGUUUUCUACAUGGAAGAGCCCAAGGCCGGCACUCCAAAUAGAAUAAGACGUGGUGAUAGGGAGAGCGCCCGCGGGGCCAUCUUCACUAGCCAAACGAGCACAGUCACCGAAGCCGCCAGCGACGAUAUCGACGAUCUGGACGGUGAACUUCCAAGGGUCACACAAUUAACCGAAGCACACAAGAAUGCCAUAAGGGCAAUAAGGAAGAUCAAAUAUUUCGUAGCCAGGCGAAAGUUCCAGCAGGCUCGAAAACCGUAUGACGUGAGGGAUGUUAUCGAGCAGUACAGCCAGGGGCAUCUUAAUAUGAUGGUUCGAAUAAAGGAGCUUCAAAGGAGAUUGGAUCAGACCUUAGGGAAGCCGGGCAGCUACUUGGCCGGAAUAGAUCGAGUUGGCAACGUAAAGCCGAUGACGGUCGGCGCACGUCUCUACAGGGUCGAGCAACAGUUGGGUAACAUGGACAAGAAGAUCGAUUCGUUGACGUACGUCCUGAAUGCCCUAGCACAAAAGCAGCAGGUGUCGCUGCGUAGCAUCGAAGACGAUGUCUGAGAAGAACGGAAAACGGGAAGGCCGCUGCUGUCGGUCCUCCUGGAAUUCAAAUUGCGCGGUACAAAAAGAAAGAAAUCCAAUCAUAAAACGCUGUAUUCCAAAAACGCUUGAUAUUAGCAAAUCGGGGAUUAGAUUAACUAUCUGUGGUGCGCGAAUCAACGUCUCUUCUUAAAACAUUAGAUUUCUAAUAAGCUAAGUACUACGUAUGAAUAAUACAUUUAAUGAAAAAAAAACGUAAGAAAACAUA